AUGGAGUUAAUGAGUUUUGUCAACGAAAAUGUCUUAUUUCAUGGAAAUGUAGAUCUCGACAAAAUUCUUCUGUUUAAAAAUCAAAUAAAUGGAGUGUCGACAAUAUCGGGUGACAUUAUACUGGAGAGCGGGACUUCUGCCCUCAAUAUUAAUGACAACGGAAUUCAUAUGACAUCGGAUAAUGGUUUUGAAGUUCGCACUAAAGAUUCAGAUAAAUUGAUUUUUCCCAUUGACUUCAGCUCUUUCUCUAUACCGACAAUACCAUCUCUAGCACUGCCCGGCGGUGCUAAAGAUGUCAACAAAAUCAGAUCGCCAUCAGAUCAAGAUCUGAAUAUAAGAUCCCAACAAAAAAUCAAAAUUCGUGGCAAUGAAGGCAUUGAUUUAGAAAGUAAACGAAUUAGUUUUAAUGGGUCUUCAAUAUUCAUGUCAUCAAUUAAAGGAUCUAUUAUUUUGGACUCUAAACAAGGAAUUCAUAUCAAUACUAAAAUAUUUGAAAACAUUAUUCAUCCAAAUAAAGAUCAACAAUCAGGUGAUAAACAAUUACAAUACAAGUUAUGUGUUUGCGGUAAAACUGGAAGAAUAUUUCAAAUACAACUGAGACAUCCGAGCCAUGGAUGCGCUGAUAUUCGCUUCCCUGAGUCAGCUAAUCCCUGCGCUUGAAUUCACUUUAACAGUAUAUUUAUACUUUAUAAUA